AGGGAGGAGUCCCCUGCCUUUUCACCUUCUACCCUGACCUGCCAUCAGUUGUUAAAGUGAAUGCCAUCUUUGGUAAUAUAGCACCAAUUAUGCUAGAGAAGACAGGUCUUGGCUAUCAAUGUAUACUUCCAGGUUUGUAAAAUUAUUAACUAGACUAGUUAUAUUAGUUAUAAUAAUUUUACCAACCAGGAAAAUGUUUUGAAAUUAACCCUUUUAUAACAAAGAUUCAAAAGAGACAACAUUAAUUUUGGGUGUUUAUUGACUUAUAAAUUCAGUUACCUUUUUUAACUAUACAGUAUUUUUAUCAUUUUUUCUACUUAAGGGUAAACAUCCUAUGAGCAUUGUUUACUUAAAGCAGUGUUGUGUAGAUGAAAAAUAAUUGCUUACAAUUACUGGCUUUCUUGAAAUUGGGGCUUUUAUCUAGUAGCUGGUGGCAACUGAAGUUAAAAAAUAAUGUACAAAACUAAGCAAAGUCCAAAAUCAAGUUGCAAAAGCCCUGUUAUACGAUAAAGCUCUCACUGAAAAGCAAGUUUGCUUCAAUUCAUCAUCAGCAGCAUGCAGUUCGUAUUUUUAAUCCCACUACUAGUUUAAAAAAAUUGGGUGGUUAUUUAAAUGGGACAAACAUAUGGGAUUCUGCUAUGAAUGGUUGUCUUUCAAAACUACCAGUUAUGGUUACUGUAAUUUCUCUUUGUGGUAGUAGAUAUGAUUACAUACAUUAUCAUCCAUGAGAUUUUUUAUGAGGACAUAUAUCACUGUUUAUGGAGGUAUUUCAAUGCCUUUAUCACCAUUUUAUCCAUAGCCAUACCUAACAGGAAACCUGAUGACAUUCCAGUCAAGUUAGUUUCAAUGAAUCCAGAGUUUAUUGUAGCACAGACUUCUUUAAGCUACCGUGAAGAACUGUUUGUGCAGCCUGAGCCUGGAGCCCAUGGUAGUGGAAGAAGGGAAGAUGGAAGCAAUGAUGGCAGAGCCAGUGGAGGUGGGGCCAGUGGAGGUAGAGUUAGUGGAGGUGGAAGUAGUGGAGGUGGAAGUAGUGGAGGUGGAAGCAGUGGAGGCAGAAGUAGUGGAGAAGGGGCCAGUGGAAGUGGAGCCAUUGGAGGUGGGGCCAGUGGAGGUAGAGUUAGUGAAGGUGGAAGUAGUGGAGGUGGAAGUAGUGGAGAUGGAAGCAGUGGAGGCAGAAGUAGUGGAGAAGGGGCCAGUGGAAGUGGAGCCAGUGGAGAUGGGACUGGUGGAACUGGAGAAGGUGGAUGUGGAGGAAAGGGAUGUGGAACCUAUGGAGGUGGAGCUAUUGGAUGUCAAUACAGAAGAGGUGAAACACAAACUUUUAAAACUAUUAGUUUAUUUAUUGGAAUUGAAACCAAAUUCCCACUUACUGGUAUUGAUUAGUAACAAUAACCAACAAACAUUAAGGAAUCUCAAAAAAAGCAUAAAGGGGUAAGUUUCUAAAUAAACUGUGGUGCUGUGUAAGUGGGAGAGUAUAACAAGGUAAUUUGACCCCUUGCUAAGUUUAAGUUCUCUAUGUAGCACUCACAUUAUGACAAAUGAAAAGUCAAAAAGUGGCUCUCACUGCUGCUUUUUUCAAGGAACUUGGUAUCAUCAGCAGAAUUUAUAAGUUAACUUAAAUUGGCAUUUGUUUCAUAGCUUCGUUUCCAUAGUUUUGUAGCUGAUGUUUUGAGGGUUGGUCCUUUGUCGGAGCAAAUGACAAAGGGCUAAUGCUCAAAAUGCCAGCUUUUCAAAGCUCCUAAUGGUGGCCAAUUUACAUCAUCAACUCUGUUGAUAAUACCAAAUUACUUAAAAAAAACAGCAGAGUCAAUUUUUGACUUUUCAUUUGUUUAUAGUCUGAGUGCUUCUUAGAGGACUUGAAAUAAGUAAGGGGUGUGGGAAAAUGGGUGAGAGAUGUAGUUUCUGAAAUCACUGAAGGUGAGUAUCUGCCCAAGUGAAGUUUACAGGUGUGAGUUAAAUUUAGUUUUGAGGUACAUGUAAUAUUUCCUUAUUUUGUGUUUUUUUACCUCCCACUAUGAUAAAUGAUAUAAGAAAAAGAUAGUAAAAAAUAGUUAAGGCUAAGAAUAAAUUUGAAUCACAACAUUUUUUCUGGCUAGGAUUUCAAAAAGAAAAAAACAUCAAUUUGAUUUUUUUUCAUAUUAUCAAUCUCAUUUUUAGAAAGCAGUGAUUCUCAUAUUUCUUUUUGAUUGUGUUAAAUUCAGAUGCUUCUCAACUAGGCUCAGAUGUAGAGUCAGAAUUGUGCGAGUGUCUAAAAAAAUGUGGUUAAAUUUCAAAAUAAUUUUGUAAAGCAAAAGGUAGAAGUACAUUUAUUGUCAACUUUUGGUAUUUUUUAAUGUACUUUUACUGUGGCUAAGUUCUUCUCACACUUAAAUUUUCAUGUAAAGUGUUCCUUCUCACAGCAUGUACUGAAUCUGAGGAGGAUUUGGAAGAUGGUCAACUGUCAUGCACUCAGGAAAACAAAGAAAACUAUUUUUCUGACACAGAGGAUUGCUCUUCAUCUGAAACUGAUAGUGCUUUCUCUGAUUCAGAAAGCUGGGAUGAAUCUUUAAGUGGUGAGUUAUUUGUAUUCAACUGUGUCAUUAAAUUUAAAUUAAUUUGCUUUCCUUGAGUAUACAAUAAUAAUGAAAAUGUGACCAUGUACAAAAUGAGCUAUAAUUUAAACUAUGAGUAGGUAGGGAGCAAAUGACAUAAUGAUGUCCCUUGUUCACAGAAAGGAUAGUGAAUUUUGAUCGUUGUUAUCAUUUCAUCAAAAGAUGUAAGGAGAGGAUGGAAAUCUGGUGUUAAGGUACACUUUGGGCUUUGCUUUCGUUUUGAAAUAUGUGUUGAUCUCAUUAAAACCAUGAGAAAGCAAAACAGGUUUUCAGUGGUAAGUGCACCUCUAACAAAACGUUUUGCUUUUCAAUGCAUAAUUCUCCACUGAGUUUUAGUGCUCCAGUUCAUCAAUGGUGUCUUUUCUCCAAAUUGCUGGGAAUUUUUAUUCUAGGCACUAUGAUUAAUAAAUCAAAGUCACUCAUGAUUAUAAAUCUUAUUUUAAUAAUUCUGUCUCUUUGUCUAAUGAUAUAUGGGGUGACUUUUAUUUUGAUCUUCUUUUUCCAGAUUCUUUACUUUCAUUCCUCUGGGUGAAUUCAAGCAAAUCUCAAGGAACCAUUCCUGAAACAGAAUCAACUCAAUUGUUAGCAUCACAUGAUGAUACCCCAGUGCAUUGUCUUGAUGCUCCUGAUCUUAAUGUGGAGAAUGCAGAAAGCCAGUACCAGGAUAAUGAGCUUUUUGAGACACUUCAUGCAGAAAGUGCUAAACCACAAAAUUCAAAAUCAGUUCUUUCUGGAACUUCAAACCAGCAAUCAGCAACCUGUGCUGGAUCAACUACUCAAUCUCAGGCAGCUCAAUCUCCCGUAAACAGCCCUUUGUGGAAUGGAGACAGGAAAUUAAACGUGGCCCCUCCACAAGAUAGUGAUGAGGAAAUACACUCAGGUCAGGAAUGGGAAGAAUCAGGUAAAUAUUAUGAUGCAAAUGAACGUACAAUUAUUUUUAUCUCCCCUUGCUGAAAUAAUCAUUUGUAUGCAGAUUAAAAUUCAGUGUUGACAAAUUCCUGUUGUAGGCCGUAAAGUAAUUUUUUUAAUCUAUUGGAAGAAUUAGUUACACAGAAAUGGUCAUAGUCAAUUUUACACGUAUGUCUAAUUUAUACCAUUCUGGGGUUAUUUUGGUAGAGAUCUGGUUUUAAAUUCUGUUAAUUACCCGGAAAGCAGACCAUCUACACAGAUUUCUGUCUAUUGCCUACUUAUCAAGUUUUUCGAAAAUUGUGAAUAACGGCAGUGACUGCGAUAAACAAGCAUUUUAUCCUUCUCAUGUUAAGGUAGUAAUGUAAUGCGUUGUGCGCAACAGGAAUAGUUAAACCCCCGAUUCAACCUGAGACAUCUGAAUAGAUGUUUACAGAGUAGAUUUUUCUUGUGAGCAAAUUUACGACGAUUUGACACACUACGCCCACGCUUUCAAACUUCAAUCCUUUCAUCGCGGAGCGUGUAACCUACUUGAGGCUAACAUUACACUUCGAGCAUCACACCUGACAACAUGACCUUAUGCCAAAAAACUAUGCUCAAAAUGUUUCAUCACGCUCAAUUUAAUGAUUUAAAACAAAGAGUCUUUUAAGAGUCCCUCAACCUCCCUUCCCUAUUCCUUCUACCAAAACAGCUAAAACUUGCUGAGAAUAUAAUGAUUACCAAAGUUCAGUACAUAACAUCUAACUGGAUCAAAUUCUUGAAGUGCAAACAAGAUUAGCAGGCUUAGUGAUGACACUAUCCAGGUUACGUAAUUUAUAUAUUGUUGAACAUCAAGGGAAUUUAUAAGAAGUUUAGUAAGUAUGAAAAGUGAGACAAGCGCUUUGUCUGAUCGAAAUCUCUCAACCAAGCAAACCACUAUUACUUUCGGUAAUUUAUUCCCGGCCACCAGGGAUUUAGUUUCAGUGUUAUAUAUUGGUUGGUGAGUUUUCUAAGUGGAGCCUUCCAGCUGAAAUUUCAUAACAGAGUGGAGCUGCAAAGCUAACCUUCUUGGUAUACAAGACUAAGACUCGUUGAUUUUAACAUGUAUAGCAAUGGAUUUGAGUUGCAAGGCCACCCUAGAAGGCGCUAGCACGCCAGGGCAGAAUGCAAUAUGCAACGGUUUUUAAAGAAGCCCACGACAUAGAUGGUUCGCGAGCCUGUGAGUCUCCACGCUCCUUUGCCCACGGCGCUGUAAACGGAAUAAUAUUGUUCUUUCUGCCUAAGCAUGUUGUGAACUAUCACGUUACGCUUCAAUGAUAGCUAAGAACAAAAUUUGAAUUAAUUACCCGGAAAGCAGACCAUCUACACAGAUUUCUGUCUAUUGCCUACUUAUCAAGUUUAUCGAAAAUUGUGAAUAACGGCAGUGACUGCGAUAAACAAACAUUUUAUCCUUCUCAUGUUAAGGUUUUAAUGUAAUGCGUUGUGCGCAACAGGAUUCAACCCCCGAUUCAACCUGAGACAUCUGAAUAGAUGUUUAUAGAGUAAAUUUUUCUUGUGAGCAAAUUUACGAUGAUCUGACACACUACGCCUUCAAUCCUUUCAUCAACGUGUGAAAUCGUUCGACUGCAAUUGGUGGAACUUGAUUCACGAGUGCACUGAAUAAACACUGAAAACUAUAUCCAUUCACUUUUAAUUUUUCUUACUCUGCUUUCUGUUUGUACUGCAUUGGUUUCUUUCAGUCGCAAAUACAUGUAUCAUGGAAAACGAAGCUAACGGUUUGACAGACUCCUUCGUGGCCAGACACACUACAGACCCUACCUUACGCUUGGGACUGCUUUUUCGUAAUCAAAAUGGCUCACGCCAUGACCAAGGCACAGGGAUGGGGGCAGAGGUAAGAAAAACUGAAUACAGCAUAGCUUUUAGAUGAAGAGAGGGACACUGAUAUUGCUUUUCUGGAACUACAUUGCGGGUCUGCUAGGGCAGGAAGGGCGUUGUAAAAGUAAUUUUCAAUCACCGAAAUUGAAACUGAGAUCGCAGCUUUUAUUGACUACGACAUAAAAACUGGAAAACAACUAUGAGUCUGAAUAAUCCAGAAAAAUUUGAUCACUCAAACCUAGUCAAAAUAUUGAUUCCCUGCAUUACAAAAAGAUACUUUAGAAAAUGGCAAAAUAAACUAACGUAAAUCGUUGUUGUUUUUGUUGUCACGGCUGCCCCAUGUAAGUGUUUAGCGAUAUCUUAACAACAAAAAUUUUUCCAAUUUUUAUUUAUUUAAAACAAAAACAGCUCAUAGAUUUAUGAGGCAUCAAAACACGCAUUUCAAGCGGGUAAAAUGAGUCUACAUCUCCCGUUCGAGGAGUUAGCCAUGUAAUAAACAUUGUUGGAAAUUAUCUUAUUUUGUUUCAUUUCUCCAGACUGCCGGGCCAAACAACACUGCUACCGACUCUUCUGCAGCUGGUUCCCCUUCGGCCGAAGUUUUCCUAACAAACUCUCAAGCUUCAAAUUUGUUUGCAUUGUCUCCACUGAACAUAGGGCCUUGGAAUGUUGAGUCUUUAGAGUCCACGAGCAACAGUCAUCUUGCAUUGACGCAAGGAGUAGCUAGAGCAACGGUCCAAAUGAACAGGAGAAUGCGGGAAAGAGAACAGCGUGAAUUGGGGCGGGAACAACUUCAAACGAAUCAAGACAGAAGGGAAAGGGAGAUUAGAAUGUGAAAAAAUAGAGAAAUGAUAGAAAGAGAGAGAAGGGAAAUGAGAAGAUCUGGUGAAUGGAGAGAAUGGCAAGAGGCAGGAGAAUAAUGCAACAAGAGAAGAGAUUUGUUAAUUGCGUGAAACCUUGUUUCAUAUUACAAUUUUGAGAGGGCUUGUCGCCGGCAAUUUUUUCGGUUGAGUUCUAAAAAUGAUGAUCUUUGUUUUUUGCUCAUUAAUGAACAAUUUUUUUAGCUUUUAGCCAAGUCGCAACAUGACAAAUUUGAGGUAAUCCAUGAGCACUUUUAGAUUUCGGUUUUGCUAAAUAAUGCUGGUAUCGUCGGCUAAAAAUAAACAUUCAGCAUCUCUUAUGCAAAACCGGUUGUUACACCAAGAUCAUAUUUUUCGUCAGGUACCUUUAGAUACGAUUAUGUACAAUUUUUUCCAAAUCUUUCGAAAAAGCAGGAAGUAUUGAAAUUGAUCUAUAAUUUUCAGUUAAGAAGGGUCGUCCGCCUUUAAUACAGGGACCACUUAAGCAACUUUAAGUUUAGAUGGAAAAAUACCUUAAGUCGAAGACAAGUUGAAAUAUGCAACAAUGGCUCACACAUAAAAUCAAAGGACCUCUUACUGGAAGACAAAGGCAAAUCGCGCAGCUUUGCCGUCUGUAAAGUUUUUACAACUUUAACGAGCUCGUUUAUUUGACCGGGAUCAAAAUGUUGUAGGGGGGAAGACGAGACUGGCCCUAAGUAUUUAUUAAAGCACUAAAACAAUGAGAUGAUCUUGCUUGCUAGAUUUGGGCCAACGUUAGCAAAGUAAUGGCAAGACCUGCUUGCAAUCUCUUCAGAAUCAGUAAUAGUCACACGUCUUCCUGUAUCAGUGAAAUCUUAACAGGGACCGCGCGGCAAGUUUAUGAGUGGGGGGCGAAAGAAGAAUGCGUGAAGGAGA